AGAUGCUAUCCCAUGCCUGACAAGUAUUUAUAUUGUCCACUCCUAUUUCAAUUUACAUUAAGACGAUUUACUUAAAAUUAAUUUUUUCUUCUAAUGAUCAAUUAUUCCCAGUAACCCUUGGAUUAUCCAAAAACAGAUUGCAACAAGUCUUUACCUGUUUUUCCACUAGACAACUUCCGUUUUCUCUUCUUAUGUCUACUUCUCAGACAUUUUCUCCUCCAGUUGGUACUUAAUACACUGUGAAAUGUGUUAAAGUUUUGUUUUAUAUUUCCAAAUAUACAGGUUCCCAACUUAGUUUACUUUCACAUUGUACAUCUCCUUUCAUGUGUAUCUUUGGUAAACUGAGCAUUAAUGACAUGCCCAAUAUUUCAGGUAACUCGCAAUCUCAAUGACAUUGAAAGUUUAAUAACUCUCGAGCUUCCUGAGAAAGAUCCUUUUCAUCAGAGAAAGAAGGAAUUGUUGGAAGAUGAAAGCUUUAAUUCCCAGAGGCAUUUGUCCUUGAAGAUCUCUUCAAAUUUUAUAAGCACAUCACUUGAAGCAUUGCUUCAAAGAGCAAGAGUUAUAUGCUUGGAUGAGACCGAGCUUUAUUUUGAUGGAGCUGACAUAGAUUCUGCACUUCAGUAUCACAAUCCAAGAAAUGAGUUGGAGGCUUUGCAUUUAAUACUAACUGCUAUUGACAAAAUUCUCACUAGUAGUAACUAUAAGAUGGAUAAUGUUCUGCAUGAUUUAAGGAAUGUCACUAUUGAAAAGAUCCAAGAGGUUGGGAACAAUUUUUCUGACAAGACUAAAGUUCUUAUAAAUAGUUGUAUCAAGGAAAAGCUUCUACUACAAUGGGGUGAAGCUAUUGGUGUUCAAACAAAAUUGGAGGUAGCUUAUGUUGAAGGAGCUGGAAGAGGAGCCAUAGCCAAAGAAGAUCUAAAAGUUGGAGAUGUUGCAUUAGAAGUCCCUGUUUCUGCAAUAAUCUCUGAGGAGCUUUUGCAUGUUUCUGAUAUGGCCCCCAUUUUGGAACUGAUUAAUGGUGUUUCUCUUGAAACAAUGCUGUUGUUGUGGAGCAUGAAGGAGAAACACAGGGCUAAUUCGAAAUUCAAGAGCUAUUUUGAUUCGUUACCAGAGACAUUCAACACAGGUCUGAGCUUUGGCAUGGAUGCAAUAAUGGCUUUAGAUGGAACCUUGUUGUUGGAAGAGAUAGUUCAAGCAAAAGAGCACUUGCGGACUCAGUAUAAUGAGCUAUUUCCUACAUUAACCAACACAUACCCUGAUAUAUUUCCAGCAGAAAUUUACACAUGGGAGCAGUUCUUAUGGGCAUGUGAACUUUGGUACUCCAAUGGCAUGAAAGUAAUGUUUCCUAAUGACAAGUUGCGGACUUGCUUAGUUCCUGUGGCAGGCUUUCUCAAUCACAAUAUUGUCCCACACAUACUACGCUAUGGUAAAGUAGACUCUACCACAAAUUCGCUAAAGUUUCCUCUUUCAAGACCAUGUAAUGCUGGAGAACAAUGUUACCUCAGCUAUGGGAGCCUCUCCAGCUCUCAUCUUGUUACCUUCUAUGGAUUCUUACCAGAUGGGGUCAAUCUUCAUGAUACAAUUCCUCUUGAUAUAGAUGCUGGAUCAGAUGUCAGCACUAAACCUUCUUUGUCUGGCUGGACUACACACAUGUUACGAGGCACUUGGCUUGCAAAGAACCAUGGUAUUUUUCAUUAUGGGCUACCUAUUCCUUUGUUGGAUCAUUUCCGUAGAGUUCAAUCUUCUUCACAUGAAACCAAAACCAAUGACCAGGAGAGAUUAGAAAUUGACUUAGAAAUUCUAGAGGUCCUCAGCUCUACAUUUGAAGACAUGUUGGAAAAUCUGGGACAAACAAAUAAUGAUGACAGUCUUGAAAAUACCAGUUGGGACGUAAAGUUAGCAUUGGAGUUCAAAGAUUUACAAAGGAAAACCGUCUCAUCAGUAGUUAACUCUUGCUCAUCUGGUAUCAAGUUAGUGCAAAAUGAAUUACAGAAAUAUGGGUCUUAGAGUUAGGGAAACCCUAGCACAAGGAGAAGGGAACUAAAAAAAA